CGUGCAGCGCUCACAGACGCGCCGAGAAUGAAAAGGGACAAGGUGCUCGCUGAAACUUUUGAGUAACAACCAAGUUCACGGGUCCCGGAAGCCUUCGCCUCACAGAGAUUUGGGUUAACAAGGAUUUUCUUCGAGGUAAUCAAUUAAAUCUGCGCAAAGAUGAACAGAAGACGUGUCAGUGUUAUGCUCCUAUUCAGUAUUCUUCAAUUUGCAAUGCCAGUUGAGACAUUUGAUGUCAUUGGAUCAAAACGUCCCAUUAUAGUCACUGUGGAUGAUGAUGCUGUAUUACCAUGCCAUGUGGAACCAGGUACAUCAUUGGAAGAUCUGGAGGUUCGAUGGUUUAGGUCAGACUUUACUUCGCCAGUCCAUUUAUAUGCCAAUAAACAGGAUCGACCCAAUUUGCAGGAUAAGGCUUACCGAGAAAGAACUGAACUUUUUAACAGAGAGUUUCCUCGUGGAAAUGCCUCUCUCAGACUGAAGAAAGUGAAAGCAUCAGAUGAAGGGAACUACACGUGUUUUAUUGACUUCAAAUCAAGCUAUGAGGAAGCUGUGAUAAAUCUCAAAAUUGGAGGUAUUGGACAGCAGCCUUGGAUUCACUUGGAGGGAACCAGUAGCCAAGGAGUUCGUCUUGCAUGUAAAUCAAAUGGGUGGUAUCCUGAGCCAACUGUCCAGUGGCUGGAUGGAAAUCGACGAGUUGUGAAUGCAAAGCCUGAAACAACACAUCAAAAAGAUUCCAAUGGCCUUUUUACUGUUUUAACUCGAAUUGAUGUCACAAGUGACUCAGUGAACAGAUUCUCCUGUCUAAUGCAAAACAGCUUAUUACACAAAGAAGAAGAGGCCCGUCUUCGGAUACCAGAAAUAUUCUUUCCCAAGAUCAAUGUGUGGCUGAUAGUUUUCUGGGUGUUUGUAGCCGUUGUAAUUACUGUUAUUGUUCUUGACGUAAUGUUCCACAGAAAAAAACGUAAAAGAAUCAAAGAGCUACAACUGUUUUGCAUUUUGGAAGGUUACAAAAAUUACAACAUCGAUUAUCCCUCUGUGACCUUGGUUAAGAAAACUGGCCAUCAGGAAGUUGAGGUGUCUGGGGAUCUGAAAAGUGUAAAAUGGACUGGAACAAAUCAACCUGAUGCCGAGAAGAGGCUGAAGGACCCAUCCUAUGUGCUGGGAAAAGAGGGAUUCACAUCAGGGAGGCAUUACUGGGAAGUGGAGGUGAUUGGGACAGGCGAGUGGAAUCUGGGAGCCGUUGCAGAAUCUGUGAAUUGGGAGGAACAGAUUAAACUGAAACCUGAGAAUGGAUUCUGGACCAUUGGAUGGCUGGAAAACCAUCUGGUCGUGAAUAACUCUGCCGAUCCGCAGCUUUCUCUUGGUGAUGUCCCAAAGAAGAUUGGUGUUUAUCUCAAUUAUGAGUCUCAGACGGUUUCAUUUUUCAACGCAGACACAAAAUCUCAUCUCUACACUUUUCCUAGGAAAGAAUUCCCACCAAAACUUUAUCCAAUAUUGCAAACUUCAGAAAAUGCCCAGCUGAAAAUCUGUCCCACUUCAAAGAAACGUCUGUGGUUGGUCCAACUUUUCCUGACGGUUAAGGGUAGUACCGAUUUCAGUCAAAAGAUGAUUCUGACAAAGUUGGUAGAAGUUGUUCCCAUUGGAAGAAGAGUCAAAAACACGGGGACACCGAUUGAAGGCGAUUAUGAAAUAUAUCAAGGGCGAACUGAGGAAAUAUUUUCUCUUCAGCGAGUGGUUGGGAUCCGGAACGCACUGCCGGACCGGGUGAAAUCUUCCUUAGAUUCUCUCACAGAGAAGAAACCAGGGACGCUAGAAAUGGAGCAGCAGCAAAAAGAGAUUUCACAAAUUAGGGAGGAAACAUGUCAGAAGAUGAGGACUAGCAAUGACAUUAAUACUCUGCCAUUAGAAGGUGACAUGAAGUCUACUGGAAAAAUCAAUGGUCCUUUACUGCAAACAGUUGAGAGAGAAAACCUGGAUACAUUCAAGCACGUCUCUGUGACCCUGGAUAUGGAAACAGCAAGUCCCUGGCUCGAGGUGACUGAGGAUUUGAAGAGUUUACGAUGGACUCUGACAGGGAAGCUUCUCCCUAUCACUGCAAAGAGGUUUAAAAAUUGUCCUGGUGUGUUGGGAUCAGAGGGAUUCAAUUCAGGAAGACGUUACUGGGAAGUGAAGGUGGCAGAGAAUCGGUGCUGGAAUCUGGGUGUAGCCGCACAGUCUGUGGAGAGGAAGGAUUGGUUCAGACUGAGUCGGAUGCCAGAGACUGGAUUCUGGACCAUUGGGUGGGAUGGGAAUCAGUUUCAUGUAAACUCCUCCUCUCGACCCCCUAUCCCUGAUGGUCAGAUCCCCAGGAAGGUGAGAGUUUGUCUUAACUAUGAAUCUGGGACAGUUUCAUUUUACAAUGUGGAUACCAAGUCCCAUCUCCACACCUUCACUGGGAAUAAAUUCACAGAGAAACUUUAUCCUUUCUUCUGGACUUGGGAUGUUCACCAGUUUCUGAGAAUCUGCUCUGGUGUGGAUUUGGAGAAGGGGCAGGCCUCAAGAUGGACACAUCAUCCUUGAUUUCACAAUGACCUGAUUCCAGGAUCAGGGUCAGGGUCAGAGGUCAGAGUUUGGAUACCACCAUUGACAACAGGUUGCCAUUAAAUAUGCCAUUGAAUAUCCAAAUUAUAAAUUAUAAAAUCCCAAUCUGACUUAACAUAAAUAUAAAUGUCAGAGGAUUAAAACAAAAAAAAAAAUCUUGAGUCUCUCCUUUCUUCCCUUACUCCCUGUUUCAGUCAAAACCACUCAAUCUCAUCCUCCAUCUCUUCACCUGUUUCCUAGUCUGGAGUUGAGAUUUCUUCUUUGUUUCCAUUUCUCACUCUUGUGUUGAGAGCUGUGUGAGUUUUUUUUAUAUAUAAUAUAUAUGGGGAGAGAGUUUUAUUUUAAAAUAGUUGCUUGUAGGUAUUGGUUAAUUUGAAGUUUUUCAAAGAAAUGAUGAGGUCAGGCAGUCCUUCUAGGACAGUGACCUAAUCCUGUAUAUGUUAUGAAAAAUUGUUCAUACAGUGGUAGUUUAUGAUAGGUAGAGUAAAUAUUGAAGGCCAUUGGCUUAUUUUGCUUCAUGAUAAUCAAGGAUAGAUUUUAGCAUAGGAAAUUUUGGAGAUUGAAAUUUUUAGGGCAGUUCAGAGGAGAUAUGACUGAGGUCAACAGCAAGCAUAGACCUUCUCCAAGAAGGGGGUGUUUUCAGAGUGGUUAAGGGAAUAAGUUACCUCAGUAGAAGAGUUUAGUUUGUGCAACGUCCAGACCAAGACUGUUUAGCUCGAAAGCUGAAAGUCAUUAGAAGUUGAGUAAGGCUAUAUUCUCAGUUUUGAGAAUCUUCAUGUAAAAAUACUUUUCCACAGCUUACAGAACAGAAACUGAGGAGAAUCCAUUAAGUCAAACUUAAAGAUUUGAGAUAGAGAUGUGGUUAAUUUCUAUGAUUUUGAAUUGCUAUUAAGUAUUGGGUAAUCGGUUGAAACUUUGCUGAAUAUUUUAAGAUUUUCAUAACUGUUCUAUUUCUGGAUAGCUUGGUUUGUUUCUUUUUCUGUUUUUGCCUUUUGUAUAAUAAACAUCUAUUCUGUUGUUGAAGAAACUCUGCUGCCUCAUGUGGCUAUGUUUCAGUGAAUGAUCACCAUGUUAACUAAACUUUAAAAAAUGGCUAUCAGAUCAGAUUUCAUUAUGGGAGCUGACCUGUCCAGUAGAGUCAUUGGCUGGGCUCAUAACAAGUGGAAGUGCUUGACUGGGAUUUGAAUUCAUUGAAUUUAAGAGGGACCUGUGUCUCUUUAAAAUAAACUAGUACUUGAAAGUUCUGAAGACAACACAGAAGUGUUGUGAUGGAGUUCAUUGCAUGGUUUGGAUUUUUAGAAUGGCUUUGAAUGUUUCUGAGAGUUUUCAGGGAGUGGAAGACUUAAUAAUGAAUUAUUUAAAAUGUUUGGAUAAAAUUCAAGUGAGAGUUCGCAGAUCAGUUGAAAGUAGAAGUAGAAGCAGGAUUCCUUAAGGAGGAGAUGCUGAAGGUAAUUAUCCAACAUUUACAAUAAGAAGAAGGGAAACCUAAUCUCUGAUGUCACAGCUAGAAUUAGCUAAGAUACAGUUAAAAAUGUAAAAUCUUAAUUUUGAGAGAGAGAAAGAGAAAUUUAAAAAACUUGAUUUGGUGGAAAAAAGAGAGAAGGGAAAAUAAUGGACUGAAAGAAGAAAGAGAAACGGAAAAGGGAAAGAAAGAAAAAGAAAGGGAAAUGAAAUGGGGAGAAUGAGAAAGAAAAUAACAAUGAUAAGGAAGAUGGAUGUAAGAAAGGAUGAACUCUAAACAGAGAGAGAAAUUAGACAAAAUUAGAGGAAAGUCUAGAAUCGUGGAAUAAAGAAGAUGAUUCCGAUUCUACUAAUGGAUUUGAUUUAACCGAAAAGUUUUGCUAGUGCCAUCUUGCCACUCAGCCCUGGAGCCAGCUCUGCCAUUCCAUAUGAUCAUGGCUGAUUUGACUGGAAUUCAAAUCCACAUUUCAUUGAGUUACAGAGUGAUACAGCACAGAAACAGACCCUUUUGUCUAACUCGUCCACACCAACCAGACAACCCAAUCUGACCUAGUCCUAUUUACCAGCAUUUGUCCCAUAACCCUCUAAACCCUUUCUAUUCACGUAGCCAUCCAGAUGCCUUUUAAAUGUUGUAAUUGUACCAGCCUCCAACAUUUCAUCUGGCAGCUUGUGCCAUGCAUGCACCAUCCUCUGUCUGAAAAAGUUGCUCCUCAGGACCCUUUUAAAUCUUUCCCCUCUGACCUUAAACCUAAGCCCUCUAGUUUUGGUCACCCCUUUCCCUGGGAUAAAGACCUUGGCUAUUCACCCUAUUCAUGCCCCUCAUGAUUUUAUAAAUUUCUAUAAGGUCACCUCUCAGCCUCCGACACUUCAGGGAAAAUAGCCCCAGACUAUUCAACCUCUCCCUAUAACUCAAACCCUUGUAAAUCUUUUCUGCACCCUCUCAAGUUUAACAACCUCCUUCCUGUAGAAGGCCAAUUUUCUCCUACCUCUACUAAUUUUUCAUCCCCUUUAUUAACAAUGAUCUAUCCUGCACUGUCUUAAAAAUAUUUAAUGACUGUUUCCAACACCACUUCAGGAAGAGGGUUUCAAAACUUCAUGAGCCUCUAAGCACAAAAAAAAUGUGACUCCUGAUUUUUAAACAGUGAUCCCAUUCCUAGAUUCCCUCAAGUGAGAGGUAUCUUUUCCACACUUACCCUGUUAAGAUCCCUCAACAUCUUAUAUGAUCACAUACUGGGUAUUAAAUGAGCAGUUUAUCUGCUUAAUGCCUGUGUCAUGCCCGAUGAAAAUCAAAAAUUGAGCCCAGGGUGUCCUUUCUCUUGCAGUUCACUGUAGAACUAAUUUCAGAAUGCAGAAAAUGGAGACGGCAAGCCUUACAAAGGUCUGUCAAAUGCAGAAACUCAUAAUUAUAUGAGAAUUUGCUUAGAGAAAAGGAGGGAAGAAAACUGUAGAAACACAGGAACUAGGGCCAGGAGCAUGCCACUUGUUCCCUCAUGACUACUUACUGUUCAACUAGAUUAUGGCUUAUCAGUAGCGUUUUCCUGCACUGAUCCCAUAUCCCUUCAUAGUUUUUAUGUGUACAAAUUUAUUUAUCUCUGUUUCAAAGACUGAGCUGCAGCAGCCUUCUGAGAUGAAGAAUCCCAAAGGUGUGAAGGAAUUCCUCCUAAUCUCAGUACUGAAUGGUCUAUCUCUCAUGUGAGACUGUGCAUCUAUCCUGUUGAUCUCUGGCAGAUUUCUGUCUGUUUCAAUGAGAUCACUUCUCAAUCUUCUAAACCCGAAAGAAUCCACGUGCAGAUUCUUCAAUUUCUGGCAUUUUGUCGCGCCAGGUAUUUGUGUGGUGAAUUUUCAUUGCACUUGCUUGGAGUUAAGCACUCCAGCCUACACUCACCCUUGUAACUUCCCACGCCAGCUUAUAUCUUAUAUGCUCUUUCAAAUAUUCAUACCCACUCACCUUUGCAUCCACAAUAGACUGAACUCAAGUCCUCUAAUAACAUUGGAAAUUUCUGACAGACAAAGUUGUCAAAAUACACAAACAACUGUUAACCUAGACCUUCCAUUUUAUAUGGUCCUGGUGCAAUGGAGUUUUAUUGAAACAUUCUGUAUUGAAAACCUGUUCAAUGUUCAAGAUGGAAUUUCCGAGUAUGAAUGGUUACAUCAGAGAAGCAAAAGAAAACAAGUCUGUAUUCUAAAAAUGGAAACAAAUAUAUCAGUUGAAAA